GAAUUUGUGUAUGCCGAGUAACGUUGUGAAAACUGCCGGUAGUAGCUCAAACAACGAGCCAACUUGAUCCGACGCACAAAUGGCAAAUUUUACCCGUUCAAAUCGGGGCCGUGGGAAAAUUUUCAUUUUGUUUCCGUUACUCCUAACAAGUUUUCUUCCUAAAGCAUUUAGCCUUCGCUGUAAGGCCUGCGAAAGCAGAGAGUCAUGGGAAAACUGCGACAAAAACAUGACGACCAAAGAAUGUGCCGUCCAAGAAGAGAGAUGCGUUAAAUACGACUAUCAUGUGACAUAUGAUAACACUACCAUGCCACAAUCAAAGCGUUUUCAGCGUGACUGUUUGCCUCAGGCCCAGUGCUCCAGCAGUGAACUUCAAGCUUGUAGAGACCUCGAGAAACUUGGUAUGGAGAUGAAAGUAACGUGUCACGUGUCAUGUUGUGCAGAAGACUCUUGCAACUCUCAAGUGAAGACGAGUGCCUCUGUUCAAGUGAUGAUUGUUAUUCUUCUAGCUGGGGGCAUCUUUCAUAUUUAAGGGACAGUAACAACAAUACUCUUUAUUAAACACAAUGAACUGCUUUCUAGAAAACUGCCUUCUUGAUAAUCAAUCUUAGUGAUUAAGCGUUCUCACAUUAGCAAAAUUUUACAUCGAAAAGGUUAUUGACAUUUUUUUUUUCAAUGUCAAGAAGACUUUUAUUUCUCACUGUAAUGUCAUCGUAAUGUCAACUUUGAAUAAAGCUAUUGAUUCUCGGA